CUUAAGGCACUGGAUUCACAGAUGUCAAUCAUAGUGAUGAUGUCACCAGUCUCGGCCAGUCAGCCCGUCGCAUCGAGUUCGUCAACUUACUAUUAACCAGGCUUUCAAAAUAUGAUUUUGAAAUAUUUUGCAUUGUGCAAGCGAUCACUGGGAGAAAUUAUAGCAUUUACAAAUGCUUUUUUUCGGUUGAUUAAUGAGUAUCAAGUACUAUCUACGCACGUGCCAGGACCAUGUGCUACAGAUUAGAACAACAAAGAAUACAAUGUUAUCAUCAAUAAAAACAUAAAUAAAAGAGUACAUUAAAUUUGAUUGGUCCAAGGUAAUUUUAAUGACCAAUAGCGUUAAAGUACACAUCAAUGUAAUGGCUGAAGCCAAAUUUACAAUAAUUCAUUUUCAUUGUAUUGAAUUUUGGCUUUGGUUGUGUAAACUCAUGUCAAUGAAAUUUGGGAAUGCAGCUUAGAGAUAUUAUAUUCUUUAUUGCUUUACUUGUGUCAAUACCGUUCGGCCACCUUGUAAAAAAAAUAAAAUCUCCUAUUUUGAAGCGCCAUGUUUGUACCUUGGCAGGCGUUUGUCUUGUGCUAUUUCUCAACGGUUUUUAUGAUUUCUGGCAUUCUUUCAUAGUUAUUGUGGCGACUUACAACAUUUGCAAACUAUCCAGAUGGAUACCUUGGUACAACUGGUUGGCAUUUCUCUUUGUAUUUGCAUACCUGUUUUUCUUCAGAACCUGCACAAAAUAUGGUCUCCCUCAUCCUUCACCCUACAGUGAUAAUGUUCAACUUUUUAUGACUCUCAGAAUGGUCGGACUAGCAUUUGAAAUUCGUGAAAACUGUGAGAAAUCUCAAACAAUAAAUGAAGAAAAGAAUAAACAUUUUAAGGAAAUGUCAUUUUUUCAUUUCUUAAGCUUUGGUUAUUGUUAUUGUGGUAUUUUUACUGGACCUUAUUACAAAUACCAAACAUAUAUUGAUAUGUUGCAUCAAAGUAACGGAGAUGUUAUUCAAAGUGAUGAGGUUGCAUGGAGAUGGUUGACAUAUCUACCAGUGUUUGUUGUAGGUUAUACUUUUUUUAGUCAAUGGUUUCCAGCAUAUCUCCACAAAGAUGAGUUUCAUAAUCAAUCUCUUAUGAUACAAAUACUAAUGUUGGCAUUGGCAGAUGUUCGAUUUCGAUGUAGAAUUUACAUUGGUACUCAUAUGUCAGAAAGUAGUGCUAUGACUUUAUGUCUUGGAGCAUAUCCUACUGAAACACUACCCAAAUCAGGACAAGGACCGUCUCCAUAUAUUAAUAAUAUCUCUGAAAAUGAUAGGAUAUUGAAGACUGAGAAAUAUAUUCAUUCAGCCUUGAUAACUAAAGAUAAAAAAUAUAGCUUUGAGACAAUACGUGGUAUGUAUUUAAGAAAGGCUGAAUUUUCUUCACUAAAGAUUAUGAUCAGAAAUUGGAAUACAACAGUCCAAUGGUGGAUGGCAGCUUAUGUUUAUCAACAGUUUCCAUUCAAAAAAAAAAUUGUGAGAUUUUCAGCGGUAGCUGUAGUAAGUGCAUUCUGGCAUGGUAUAGCUCCUGGCUAUUAUAUGUCGUUUUUCUUCAUAAUGUUGGCUCAAUUGGUUCAAGAAAAUUGUGAUUAUAAGUUCAGAGCUUAUCUUAGUGAAGAGAAACAGAAAUGUUAUGACUGGGUCAGUUGGUUUGUUGGUGUUCGUAUGUUGGAAUAUUUUGGUGUUGGAGUUUGGGUUCACAGUCUGUCUAUAACAUGGCAAUGUUGGAAAAGCAUGAAUUUUUACGGACAUUUUGUGCUUGCAGCUCUAUUUAUUAUCUCCAUUAUUAUUCCUAAUCCUAGAAAAAGCAAUCAAAGUUUAGCAAAACAUGACAAAUUGUCAUAAUUUCAAACGUGCUACAAAACAUUUCAAACAUUCAUACAGCAUUAGAUGGUUUUAUAGGUAAUACAUAGUAUAACUGAGUUUUUGUGUUCAAGGUUAAUAUGAACUUGUUCACUUUCUAUAUUAUACAUAUAUGUAUAUGCUGUGUUCUAUAACGUUUUUUCAUCACAAAUAGGUACUAAUAUAAAAGCUGAACUUUUCAUGUUCUUGUGAUUAAAAUUUGUUACAAAUCAA